AUGGGAUGCUCAAAAUCUAAAAUUUAGUAAGAUGCAGUUGUUCAGAUCAAGCAGAAAUCAUAAUAAUAAUUGCCAAUCGAUCCCCCAACUAAGCCAGUCUUGCCUGAAACUCUCAAUUCAAGAGACUAAACUCCCAGUCCAAACAUUAAUCUCUCAAGUAUUAAGCCUGAAUUGAAAUAAGAACUAGAGUUCGUUGAUUAUAAAUCUCCAAUGAAUUUGCCAAAGCAAAAUGAUGAUCCUCAUCAGACCUUAGAUAUCUCAGAACCAUCACUUGAUGUACCUAAACAAAAUCCAAAAUUCGACAAAUCAAUAAUCACCUUUGAAGAUCAGCCACCAUCAUAACUGUAAAAGAUAAAGGAGUAACCUCCUCCUAUUUACAAUGAUGAAGAGAUGGAUAUGGCUUUAGAGUCUUUUAAGGAAAUGCCAAUAUAAAUCUAGCCUGUAUAGAUAUCUGAAUAAGAAAAGCUGAUCUUGUAAUAUAGAGAGUAACUAGCUGCUCUGUCUAAAGUUAAAGUGGUUUAAAAGCCAAAGCCGCAGUAUUUAGAGUUCAAGUUUGAGCCAGAGGGAGAGCUAUACUUUCUACAAAUUCAAUAUUCAUUCCAUUACGAUGCCCAAGCAAAGAACUUUGUUAGUAAUCUUGAAAAGAAGUCCUUGAAAUAUCCAUUAACUUCCAAGGAAAUACUUAUUUACAGACUCAAUUGGUAGCAAGACAAGAGAACUUAGAACUUUUAGUUUAAGCUCCAGAAAAAGGCUUUGAUACCUCUGCAAAAAUAUGAGUAAAUCUUCAACAAUGAGAGUAUAUUUGAGAAUAGCAUCUUUAAAAAGGAUGAGCCAAUUAGGUUCGUUGUGACUAAGGAUGGCUUUCUAAAUUCUAUUGAAAAUAUGAGGUAGGUGGUUGAGUAGUAGAUCAGUUUUAAGAAUCUUAAGGAACCCCCAAGUAAAAACUAAAUUGAUAGAGAGGUAAGGGAGAGUGAAGAGAACUUAAAAACGUUAUGGAUUGCUUUAGUAUCAAAAUGGGUUAAGUUAAGUAAAGACGACUUCAUGAUAAAAUCAAAGUACAAAGUGGAUUUUGGAGAUAAGGAUGUGUUUGAAAUGGAAUUUAUCAAAGAUUGCAAUCCUAAUUUGAUCAAGUCUGAGAUCAAAUAGAAUCUCUUACAGACUGAGUUCUAUUAGCAGGCUGUUUAUCAAACUGUAAGAAAAUCAAUUGGGAAGAGUAUUUGGAUAGCAGACUAUAAGAAGUCUUUGAAGGAGGAUGAUUAAAUCGGAGUUGACUCUCAAAGUGAUGAGGAUUCGAGAGAGCUUUUGAAAAAGGAAUUGGAAUUUCUAGAUAACAUGUCAAAACUCAAGAAUCCAAAGUCAAAACUAAAGAUGAAAGAACCUGAGAAGGAAAUCAAGUAUCACAUCACAAACAUUAGUGAUACAUUUAACACUCAUAGUUUUGAAGAGAAUCUUAAGCCACUAAAAACAUCAAUAAAGAAUCAAUCACUUGUAGUAUACACUCAUCGUAAAGACGAAUAUCUGACUGUAGAUGUGAAGAGCGAUAACUACCUAUUGUUCUUUUUAUACGAAGACUGUGAGGAUAUGCUGUCUAAAUCCCUUUUGGUCAAUACAUUGGAGUUUCUUGUCUAGUGUGAGAAAGAGCAGAAGCAAAUAAGAGAGCUUCUGGAGAAUUCCUAAGUUCCCUUUGUUGAUAAAUAAUGA